AUGAACGACUGCGCCAUCCAACUACCUACUGAAAACGAGAAAUGGCUGAGCUUCCGCAACAUCAACAAUAAGAAGCGCGUGCCAUUUGUCGUCUAUGCCGAUCUGGAGUGCACAUUGGAGAAGACGGAGAAGGAGGAUAUGAAAAUAUCGUACCAGCAUCAUCAUCAAGUAAUUAGCUUGGGAUAUUAUGUACACUGUUCGUACAAUGAUGCGUUAUCGGGGUAUCGGUUUCGUCGCGAUAAGGAUUGCGUUGCGUGGUUUGCUAAACAGCUAGAAGAAUUAGCGCAUCGUGUAAAAUCAAUUUUAUCUGCUAAGGUCCCCAUGGAAACUCUAUCGAAAGAGCAAUGGGAGGCAUAUCGUAACGCAAAGCAGUGUCAUAUUUGUGAUAAGCCGUUCGCACCGGAUGAUACACGAGUGCGAGAUCAUUGUCAUCUCACCGGUCGUUAUCGCGGUCCCGCGCAUUCGCUUUGCAACUUGUAUUAUCAGAAUGUGUUGUACAUACCGAUAAUUUUCCAUAAUUUAUCCGGAUACGGUUCACACUUUAUUAUCAAAGAAAUAGCCACAAUGUUCAAGGGAAAUAUCGAUGUGCUUCUCGUUACAAAAGAAAAAUAUAUUUCUUUCACGAAGCAUGUCAUAAGCAUAUUCCCAUACGAGUAUGUUGACUGUGUCGCAAAAUUGAAGGAAACGCGUUUGCCAUCGCGCGAAUUAUUCUUUAGUUCGUUGACGGGCGAUACCGUAUCCGAGAGCGAUUACGCACACGCCAAGAACGUAUGGGAUCGGUUCUCUAUUCGAACGCUGGGCGAAUACAGCGAUCUGUAUUUGAAAACAGAUGUAUUGUUGUUAGCCGACGUUUUUGAAAAUUUUCGUGACAAAUGUGUCGAAAGUUAUGGUCUCGACCCCACACAUUACUAUACAUUACCGGGAUUCACGUGGGACGCUAUGCUUAAAUAUACACGCGUCAAUUUCGAGUUGCUCACCGACAUCGAUAUGGUAAUGUUUAUCGAGCGCGGUAUACGUGGAGGUCUGAGUCAAUGUUCCGGCAGAUACGCGCAGGCUAACAACAAGUACAUGCAGACGUACGACCCAUUGAAACCAUCGUCGUACCUCAUGUAUUUCGAUGUGAAUAAUUUGUACGGAUGGGCAAUGUGUCAGCCGCUGCCCUAUGGAGAAUUUCGAUGGGUCGAAGACGUCUCAAAUUUUGACGUAAACGCGAUCGCUGUUGAUUCGCCCACAGGGUACAUUCUCGAAGUCGAUCUGGAGUAUCCACAACAUCUGCACGAUCGACACACUGACCUACCGUUCUGCCCGACGCGCGAUAAGCCGCCUGGCAAGCGAGAAUAUAAACUUUUAGCGACCUUGCACGAUAAGAAGCGGUACGUCAUUCAUUAUCGCAACUUGCAGCAAUGCACUCGUCAUGGUCUCCGCAUAACACAGAUACAUCGUGUAUUACAAUUCGUUCAAUCCACCUGGCUCCGCGAUUAUAUCGAGUUAAACACACAAUUUCGUACCCUCGCGAAAAACAAUUUCGAGAAAAAUUUAUAUAAAUUGAUGAAUAACGCCGUAUUCGGAAAAACUAUGGAAAAUGUGCGCAAUCACGUAGAUGUAAAACUUUUGACAAAAUGGACAGGACGAUACGGUGCGGAGGCAAUGAUCGCUAAACCAAAUUUCCACAGUCGCAGUAUUUUUGCAGAAAAUUUAAUUGCAGUCGAACUCCGAAAACUUAAGGUGAAAUUCAACAAGCCGAUUUAUGUAGUAAUGUGUAUACUAGACAUAUCGAAAAUUUGCUUGUAUGAAUUUCAUCACGAGUACAUGCUACCUUUGUACCAUGACAAAUCUAGAGUGAUGUACACAGAUACUGAUAGUCUCGUGUAUCACAUCGAGUGCGACGACGUAUAUGAAAAUAUAAGACGCGAUAUCGCAAGGUUCGACACGAGCGAUUAUCCGACUGGUAACGCGUACGGUAUGCCUCUUGUGAACAAGAAAGUUCCCGGGCUAAUGAAGGACGAGAACAAUGGUGCAAUAAUGACCGAGUUCGUUGGACUCAGAGCGAAAAUGUAUGCGUUAAAGGUGGAUGGAAAAAAAUGA